GAAAUGGUAUGUGGACGUGGUGGGGUCAAAGAAUUGGAUGUCAGUCAGACUUAUCCUCCCAAAACUGCUGCAUGUUAUACACCCACGAUAGCAAAACUCCCUCUUUAGGGUCUCUAACCACCAAAUUGUCGAAUCAGCGCCCAGCAGAUGCCAAAGAAACUCACAAAAUUCCCCCACCACCCACAGCUAUCCAUAGGUAACAAACAGAGAGACCCAGUUCGACGUCUCGAGUCUCUGGUCUGACCUAAUAGCAGCCAUUUUAGGCCACCUACGCUCCAUACCUGACGGAAUUGACUUUUGUGACUCACGCCCUCCUCUGUCUCUUUAACCUGACGACUUUUACAAUCAGGGUGGAUGAAGCCAAUUCGUCCCGUAUCACUAUCUCCAGCCUCACUGCCAACAACAGUAAAGAAAAGCUUUUCAACAGCUUCCCCUUUAUUAAGGCAACUUUGUCUGUCACGUUCUGGUCCCAGGUUCCGGUUUGCGGCCUGUGCAAAACCACCCCGCACUGUCGUAGACUCCCGCACUUUUGCGACCUCACGACCCCUCAACGCUUUUCAACUGCAAACGUCGCAAAAGCGCAAAAAGGACAAGAUGACUUCCGCCGCGACGACUCUUAAGGGCCAGCCCCUCGACAAGGCUGUCCUCGAAUCUAUCCUCCGACGUCGCAUGUUUUACACCCCCUCCUUCGAAAUCUACGGCGGUGUUGGUGGUUUGUUCGACUAUGGCCCUCCUGGCUGCGCACUGCAGGCCGGUGUCAUUGACAUCUGGCGCAAGCAUUUCAUCCUUGAGGAGGAUAUGCUUGAGGUUGACUGCACUGUUUUGACCCCUCACGAGGUUCUCAAGACCAGUGGCCAUGUCGAUAAGUUCGCCGACUGGAUGUGCAAGGACCCCAAGAACGGCGAGAUUCUUCGAGCCGACCACUUUGUCGAGGCCAUCCUUGAGGCCCGGCUAAACGGUGACAAGGAGGCCCGCGGCCAGAAGGUGGAGGACAAGGAGGAAGAUCCCAAGAAGAAGAAGAAAAAGACAAAGACUGAAGCUGUGAAACUCGAUGACGCCGUCGUCAAGGAGUAUGAGGAGGUUCUCGCCAGAAUCGACAACUACGGUGGCCCAGAGCUUGGCGAGCUCAUCAAGAAGUACGAUCUCAGAAACCCUGCCACUGGUGUCCAGCCCGCGGAGCCUGUCUCCUUCAACCUCAUGUUCCAAACCUCCAUUGGUCCCAGCAGCAACUACCCCGGCUACCUCCGCCCCGAGACUGCCCAGGGCCAGUUCCUGAACUUUGCCAAGCUCCUCGAGUUCAACCAAUCUCAGAUGCCUUUCGCCUCUGCCUCUAUUGGCAAGUCAUACCGUAACGAGAUCUCUCCUCGUGCCGGCCUUCUACGAGUGCGUGAGUUCCUCAUGGCCGAGAUUGAGCAUUUCGUCGAUCCUGAGGGUGGAAAGAAGCACCACCGAUUCCAUGAGGUUGAAGAUGUCGAGCUUGUUCUUCUUGACCGUGAUACACAGCUGAGUGGCAAGACUACGACCAGAACUCUCAAGAUCGGUCAGGCUGUCAAGGAUGGUCUUGUUGACAACGAGACUCUGGGCUACUUCCUUGCCCGAAUUCACUUGUUUUUGGAAAAGAUUGGCGUGGAUCUGACCAAGCUGCGAUUCCGCCAGCACAUGGCCAACGAAAUGGCUCAUUAUGCCACCGACUGCUGGGAUGCUGAACUCUUCACCAGCUCUGGUUGGAUCGAGUGUGUCGGCUGUGCUGACCGAAGUGCCUACGACUUGAGUGUCCACGCCAAAAAGACUGGCGCCCCUCUGGUUGUCCGCGAGCAGCGCGAGACUCCCCUUGUCAUUGAGGAGUGGCAAAUCGACAUCGAAAGGAAGAAGUUUGGUCCCCAGUUCAAGAAGGAUGCCAAGACUGUCGAAACUGCUCUCUUGGCUACAUCGCAAGAACAGCGAGAAAAGCUGGCCAAGGAGUUGAGCGACAACGGCAGCAUCACUCUCGAAGUCGCUGGUGUUGGCGACGGCAAGGUCCAGGUUAACAAGGACUCCAUUGCCAUCGAGUUCCGCAAGAGGGUCGAGAACACUCGCGAGUUUGUGCCCAAUGUUAUCGAGCCCUCGUUCGGUAUUGGCCGUAUUCUCUACUCCUUGAUGGAGCACAGCUUCUGGACUCGUGGCACCGAGGGUGGCGACGAAGCCCGUGGUGUUCUAUCUUUCCCUCCCACUGUGGCCCCUACCAAGGUUUUGCUUGUUCCCCUCUCCUCCAACGCCCAGUUCAAGCCUCUCCUUAAGCAGCUGUCCCAACGUCUCCGCAGUGCCGGUAUCUCCAGCCGUGUGGACGACUCUUCUGCCAGCAUUGGUAAGCGAUACAGCCGAAACGAUGAACUCGGUACUCCUCUCGGCAUCACCAUCGAUUUCCAGACAGUUCAAGACGGUACUGUUACCUUGCGAGAUCGUGACAGCACCAACCAAGUCCGAGCGGAGCAGGAGAAGAUCAUCGAUGCUAUCAAGUCGCUUGUGAAUGGCAGUAAGACUUGGUCUCAGAUUGAGAAUGAGCUCCCCAAGUUUGAGGGCCAGGAGGUUGAGGUUGCUCAACGAUAGAAUAGAAAAGUUUAGAAGAAAUGUAAUAUAGAUGCCGUAGUGGCUGAGCAUUCAUCAAAACGGUGAAUGUCAAGGCAGGAGAUGGAAUCUGUCCAGUUGAGUCUACGAAUCACAAGACAAGACACUGAAAUUGGGUUUCAAGAGGAAAAGGAACGUUAUAUUAUAUCAGCUUCCAAAAUUUCAGCUGAUUUAUGAACCAUGCCUUCACCAAUAGUUUUGUGGCCCUUGUUGGUCAACAGCGGGCCAAAAGACAGUUCGAGUUCUCCUGGAUGCACAUCAUGCCAGUCAUCCAGGGUUCAGGUGGAAAGUCAGACUCCCAGUGAUCAAUCAGUAAGCGACGUACAAUGGCGGGAAGUUAUUGCCCAUCUACUUGGGUUCAGUAACUUUACUUCGCACUAAGUCGAAGGGUUCAAUAAUGAGUGUCUUGAGGUAGUGAAACGACUGGUAUUUGACAAGGUCGCUGUUGGCUGAGUAUACGAAUUCUCCCUUGACUUAUUGGAAAGAAGGAAAAGUUAAUAUAAAAACA